AUGAGCUACGGCAAAAAGGACGAGGACGCCGACCUGGGCCUGGUCAAGGUGGACCGAACCCAGGUAUUUCAAGAAGCACGGAUAUUCAACGAAGGCACAAUUCAACCGCGACGAUGCCGGAUUCUGCUCACCAAGAUUGCACUUCUCCUCUACACUGGGGAGAAGUUCCCGACCAACGAGGCCACCACCCUCUUCUUCGGCAUCUCCAAGCUCUUCCAGAACAAGGAUGCCGGCCUUAGACAGAUGGUCCAUCUCGUCAUCAAGGAGUUGGCCAGCUCUGCCGAGGAUAUCAUCAUGGUUACCGCUACGAUUAUGAAAGACACUGGUGGCAGCAGCGAUGCCAUCUUCAGGCCCAACGCCAUCCGCGCCUUGUGCCGCAUCAUUGACGCCACGUCUGUCCAGGCGAUCGAGCGAGUAAUGAAGACUGCAAUCGUCGAAAAGAACCCCUCGGUUUCCUCUGCCGCGCUCGUCUCCGCAUAUCACCUCUUGCCCGUCGCCAGGGACGUCGUUCGACGCUGGCAGAGCGAGGUUCAAGAGGCCGCCGCCUCAACCAAGUCCUCGGCCGGCUUCUCGCUCGGAUUCUCCUCGUCUGGCGGCCAGAUGCCCAUGAACAACUCGACAAUGCCCCAGUACCACGCCAUCGGACUGCUGUACCAGAUGAGAAUGCACGACAGGAUGGCCCUGGUCAAGAUGGUGCAGCAGUUUGGCGCUGCCGGUGCUGUCAAGAACCCCGCCGCCACCGUCAUGCUUGUCCGAUUGGCCGCGCAGCUUGCCGAGGAAGAUGUCUCCCUCCGAAAGCCCAUGAUGCAGCUCCUUGACGGCUGGCUGCGUCACAAGAGCGAAAUGGUCAACUUCGAGGCCGCAAAGGCCGUUUGCGACAUGAGGGACGUCACCGACAACGAGGUCAACCAGGCAGUCCACGUUCUUCAGCUCUUCUUGACCUCUCCACGAGCCGUGACCAAGUUUGCCGCCCUCCGAAUUCUCCACAGCUUCGCUUCCUUCAAACCCUCUGCCGUCAGCGUCUGCAACCCUGACAUCGAGCUCCUCAUCUCGAAUUCGAACCGAUCCAUAGCCACCUUCGCCAUCACCACACUCCUCAAGACCGGCAAUGAGGCCAGUGUCGACAGGCUGAUGAAGCAGAUUUCCAGCUUCAUGUCCGAGAUCACCGACGAGUUCAAGAUUACCAUUGUCGAGGCCAUCCGCACGCUCUGCCUCAAGUUCCCCAGCAAGCAGGCAGGCAUGCUGACCUUCCUCAGCAGCAUUCUGCGCGACGAGGGCGGGUACGAGUUCAAGCGUGCCGUUGUAGAAAGCAUGUUUGAUUUGAUCAAGUUUGUCCCCGACUCAAAGGACGAGGCCCUGGCCCAUCUCUGCGAAUUCAUCGAGGACUGCGAGUUCACGAAGCUGGCUGUCCGUAUUCUGCAUCUCAUUGGCUUGGAAGGGCCCAAGACUUCUCAGCCGACCAAGUACAUCCGGUACAUCUACAACCGAGUCGUUCUCGAGAAUGCCAUUGUCCGGGCCUCUGCAGUUACCGCUCUGGCCAAGUUUGGGGUGGGACAGAAAGACCCUGAUGUCAAGGCCAGCGUCAAGGUCCUUCUCGCCCGAUGCUUGGAUGACGUCGAUGACGAGGUCCGUGACCGUGCGGCUCUGAACUUGAAGCUCAUGGGUGAAGAAGAUGACGAGAUGGCACAGAACUUUAUCAAAAAUGAAAACAUGUUCUCUCUCCCCGUCUUUGAACACCAGCUUGUCAUGUACGUCACUUCCGACGACAAGGGCUCCUUUGCGGACCCCUUUGAUAUCAGCAAAAUCCCCGUCGUCACCCGGGAGCAAGCAGAUGCCGAAGACAGGACAAAGAAGCUCACGGCCACGGCACCCACGAUCAAAGCACCCAAGGUCGGCGCCACCAAGGCCCCUGCCGGCGGCGCGGAGGCCGCAGCCUCUGCUUCGGCUCGGGCUCAGCGAUAUGCCGAGGAGUUGAUGCAGAUACCCGAGAUGAGGGAGUUUGGCAACGUCCUCAAGUCUUCUCCAGUCGUCGAGUUGACAGAGGCAGAAACCGAGUACGUCGUGACCCUUGUGAAGCACAUCUUCAAGGAGCACAUUGUUCUUCAAUACGAAGUCAAGAACACGCUGCCAGAUACUGUCCUGGAGAACGUCUCGGUCGUCGCUACGCCCGGGGAGGACGAGCUGGAGGAAGUCUUCAUCAUGCAGGCGGAGAAACUGGUGACCGACGAGCCUGGCAAGGUGUAUGUCGCAUUCCACAAAGUCAACGGAGAGAGUUCCAUGCCCACUCCUUCCUUCUCCAACGUGUUGAAGUUUACGAGCAAGGAGAUUGAUCCGUCAACGGGGGAGCCGGAAGAUACCGGUUACGAUGACGAGUACGAGGUGUCCGAGUUUGAUAUCAGCAGCAGCGACUACAUUGUGCCCACGUUUGCCAGUAACUUUAGUCACUUGUGGGAGCAGAUUGGUGCCUCGGGAGAGGAGGCAGAGGAGACUCUGCAGCUGAGCGGCGUCAAGAGCAUCGCCGACGCCACGGAGCAACUAGCCAAGGCUCUGUCGAUGCAACCCUUGGAAGGCACAGAUGUGCCGGUCAACCAGAGCACGCACACACUGAAGCUGUUGGGCAAGACGGUCACCGGCGGCAGGGUGGUGGCCAGUGUGAGAAUGGCCUUCUCAUCAAAGUCUGGGGUGACCACGAAGAUUACAGUCAGAAGCGAGGAGGAAAACGUGGCGGCACUUGUGAUUGCAUCGGUGGCCUAG